AAGGAAUAAUGAAACACUCUGAGGCUGGCUCAGUCACAUUAAAUAUACUAAUUUGCAGGAAACCAUCAACCCACUGAGCAAACAAUUCUUGGAAACAAAGAUCGAGGAAACGGAGAAGAUGCUGGAGGAGAAGCGUAGAGAAGCAAAGGCCCAAGCUGAGAGACGCAGUAAAGCCGAGUGGGCGAUAUCUAUUUGCAAUCAAAAGGUUGAGGAUUUGGAGGCACAAAUUAGCAAAGAGAAAGCCCAGCAAAAUCGCUUGGAGGAAGAGCUGGAGGUUGUAAGACAACGCGUGUCGGAGACCACCGGCGACAUCCACCACAUCGAGAGCGAGCUCAAAGCCGUGAAGGAGCUUGAGGGCGAGCUCAGGACCAGACUGGAAGAGUUCGAUUUGGAGAACUCAUGGUUCGAGACGCAACUGGCGAAGGCCAUGACGGAGAAGAGCGAGAUGGAGCGCAGGGCGGAGGCCCUUCGCCGAAAGAGAGACGCCAUCCGCCAGCAGAUCGAGCAGUGCAAGCUGAGAGAACUCUCCAAAUUGUGGCACAAGCCCUACAGGGACUUCACCACCGACGAGAUCAGAGACGCCACCGGGGGGUUCUCCGGCGACUUUCAGAUCGGCGCCGGGGAGAGAAGCACCGUUUAUAGGGCUAAGAUCUGCCACAUCGACGUCGCCGUCAAGUUCUCGGUGGAGUUCUCGACGGCGACUGCGGAGAAGUUUAGGGCGGAGGUGGAUCUGCUGAGCUGGAUCCGACACCCAAAUAUCCUCCACGUGAUAGGCGCGUGCGAGGAGCAGCGAUGCGUCGUCUUCGAGUUCGCCCCCGGCGGCAGCGUACGCGACGCCCUCCCGAUCCUCCGCUGGCACGAACGCAUCCGCAUCGCCUCCGAGGUCGCCUCCGCCCUCAGCUUCCUCCACGCCUCCGGAUCUGCGCACGGCCGCCUCUGCGCCACCCGCGUCCUCUUAGACCGUCACCUCUCCGUCAAGCUAAUCGGCCUGCUCCCCUGCUCCUCCUCUCCCCCUCCUUUGGCUGCCGACGUAGCUGCCCUCGGCGAGCUCGUCCUCCAGCUACUGGCGGGGAGGGAAUCGAUCUCCGCGGAGGAGGACUCGAUGGGGCUGGCGGACCCGGCGGCGGGCGAUUGGCCGGCGGAUCUCGCGGCGGAGUUCGCGGACGUCGGGGUACGUUGCGCCGCAGGAGCAGGCGAGGGAUACGAACGGACGGCCGAGAUCGCGAGGGUGCUGGAGGAUCUGAAGAAGCGGGCGGAGGAUGAGAUGAGCAGGCGAGAGCGCGAAGGAGAGGAAGAGAUGCUUCUGGAACCUUCUUCCGCCUGUUUCUGUCCGAUACUUCAGGAAAUAAUGGAGAACCCACACGUGGCAGCGGAUGGAUUCUCGUAUGAGCACGAUGCGAUAAAGGGGUGGUUGGAGAGUGGGCACGAGACUUCGCCCAUGACAAACUUGAAGCUGAAGCACACCAAUCUGACGCCUAAUUACGCUCUUCGAUCUCUCAUAAGCAGUUGGAAAUAAGAAAGUAUUCGAUGAAGUAUUUUCAUAUAAAUUAGUGAUUGUGCCUCCUUAUUAAUUGUAACGACUCGAUCCCUCGAUUUCUUGGGCGGUCACAUUAACGAUUCAACUGGCGAUUCCUUAUGUCAUCAA